AUGGUUGACCCCAGACAAAGCCCGGGCACGUCGUCAAGGAAUAUUCACAAUGAACGAACAGCAAGCGAUGGCCACGAGAAGACCGGCGGUGCGGAAUAUUCCAUCUUCAGCCGCCAUGAGAAAGUCUGCUUUAUCUCCUUCACGAGCUUCGGUAUGGUGGUCUGUAUGAUGGGAACUAACAGCUAUCUCCCUGUACUGCCGAUACUCGAACACGAAUACCGCGUGACGCCUACACUGAUUAACCUAACGAUUACUGUAUUCAAUAUUAUACAGGGGAUUGUGCCAGCUUUGAUGUCUACGCUUUCUGACCUUCAUGGGCGGCGCCUGGCAUGGAUUCUCGCACUAUCAAUCUAUAUCAUGGCAAAUAUUGGCCUUGCGUUACAGAAGAGCUACGUGGCACUGAUUAUCCUACGGUGUCUUCAAAGUGUGGGCAGUAGUUGUGCGAUCCCAUUUGGAUUUGCCUUUGCUGCGGACAUUGCAUCGCCUGCGGAGAGGGGCAGAUACAUAGGUCCCAUGCAUGGCUGUGUAAUGGCUGCAUUCGCAUUUGGACCGGUCAUUGGGGGAUUGCUAGCGAGCCAUCUUGGCUGGAGGAGUGUGUUCUGGUUUCUAGCCAUCAGCAGCGGGUGCUUUUUCGCCUUAUACGUAAUAUGUAUCCCAGAAACUGCUCGGACCGUGGUUGGGAAUGGGUCAUUGACUCCGCAUAAUCGGUGGAGGAGAUCGGUCAUGCAGAAUUGCCGGUAUAGCCAGCGCAGUUCUAUGGGCGAAUGCUCUCCGAAGGACGAAAAGCACUCUGGCCAUGGCCAAAGAAAGGAGGAUGCAGCGACUACCUUGUCGACCGUAUUCAGGGCAUUUAUCAUCCUCAAACACAAGGAGGCCCUCAUUCUGAUCGUAUACACCAGCCUGCUUUAUUUUGGAAUAUCCGCUCUGUGGGCGACGACUGCAAACAACUAUGGCGAGCUAUACCAGCUCAGUACUCUGCAAGUCGGGUUGUCCUAUCUCCCUUUUGGGAUUGCUGGCGGCCUUGGCUCGGCAAUUAGCGGGAGACUGGUUGACCUCAAUUACCGCCGGAUUUCCAGAAACCGCAGUGCGGCCGGUGACCUCCAUUCUGUCGGCAGUGACAGAUCCGGAGAUUUCCCAAUCGAAGUAGCCAGGCUACAAAUCGCGCUGCCUCAUAUGUUCCUGGUUGCGGUGGGCUUUGCUGUCUAUGGCUGGAUGGUGGAGAAACGGCUGCCCCUUGUGGUACCGCUUAUCUGGCAGGGCAUCAUCGGGCUGUGUGGAAACUCAUUAUUGGGAAUUCUAUACACCCUCCUGAUAGAUCUUUUCCCUGGUCAGGCGGCGGCGGCUUCGGGAGCUGCUGACUUCAUCCGAUGUUGGCUGGGUGCCCUCUCUGCCGCCCUUAUCAAUGACAUGUUGUCUAGUAUGGGGUGGGGCUGGUGCUUCACGCUGAUCGGGCUACUUCUAGUUGCUAUGUUACCGUUGAUUGCUCUUGAAUAUAUAUACGGUAUGUCUUGGAGACAGCAGCGAGAGAUGAGCCACUCAUCUGCCCAGAGUAAACAGGGCGACAGCUGA